AUGAAAUUAUUUUUACUGUCUUUUGCAUUUGCUAUUUUUACCGCGUCUCCUCAUGGACUUCAAGCGAUUCAUUCAAGAUUCAAAGCAAUGAAAGCAAUAGUAAUGUUAUUAACCCUCUUGGGAGUUUCAACAGCUCAUUUUGAGGACUUUGAAAUAACCAAUAACUGGCGUGUUGUUGGUGGUUCAACUGCAAAACUCGGUCAAUUCCCUUUUAUCAUUUCUUUACGAAUCGGGGCGAAUUCUCACACUUGCGGUGGUUCUCUCAUUGCUAAAAAUUGGGUGAUUACUGCAGCUCAUUGCGUUGCUGGUGGUCAACCAGCAGCCUACACUGUGGUCGCAGGAUCAAACCAAUUAGAUUCACCAAAUGCAACAAGAAUCGCUGUGGAAAAAAUUAUUGUGCAUCCGGAUUGGAAUCCUAGUUUGAUCACCAACGACGUUGCUUUGCUUAAAUUGGCAACACCUAUAGAAGAGAGUGCUUUUAUUCAAAUUAUAGGUUUAGAAAGCGGAAAUGUUGAUGCUGUGCGAAAUUGUACUUUGAUAGGAUGGGGAAGAACUUCCUAUCCUGGAAAUAUUCCAAACGAUUUGCAGUUUUUGGAUUUGGUUUCGUUGCCUUUCACCGAAUGUAAAGACAGAUGGGCGAAUCUAAAACCGGUUUAUCCCACCGAAAUUUGCACUUUUACUAAAAGUGGAGAAGGAGCUUGUCAUGGGGAUUCUGGAGGUCCACUUAUUGAUGAAACUAAGAAAACGCCGGUACUUAUUGCUUUAGUAUCGUGGGGUUCCCCCUGUGCUAGGGGAAUGCCAGAUGUUUAUACGAGAGUUUCUUCUUUCUAUCAAUGGAUUAUAAAAACAAUAACAUAUUAA